AUGGGGAGCACCGUGGAGCCCCCCGGGGGUGCAUACCUGCACCUGGGUGCUGUGACGUCCCCAGUGGGCACAGCCCGGGUACUGCAGCUGGCCUUUGGCUGCACCACCUUCAGCCUGGUUGCCCACCGGGGUGGCUUUGCGGGCGUCCAGGGCACCUUCUGCAUGGCUGCCUGGGGCUUCUGCUUCGCAGUGUCUCUCCUGGUGGUGGCCUGUGAGUUCACACAGCUCCACGGUUGUCUCCGCCUCUCCUGGGGCAACUUCACAGCGGCCUUCGCCAUGCUGGCCACGCUGCUGUGUGCCACGGCUGCUGUCGUCUACCCACUGUACUUCACCCGGCUGGAGUGUCCACCUGAGCCUGCUGGCUGCGCAGCUAGGGACUUCCGCCUGGCGGCCAGCGUCUUUGCUGGGCUCCUCUUCCUGGCCUACGCAGCGGAGGUGGCCCUAACACGGGCCCGGCCUGGCCAGGUGGCCAGCUACAUGGCCACGGUGUCAGGGCUUCUCAAGAUCGUCCAGGCCUUUGUGGCCUGCAUCAUCUUUGGGGCACUGGUCCAUGACAGCCGCUAUGGGCGCUACAUGGCCACCCAGUGGUGUGUGGCUGUCUAUAGCUUGUGCUUCCUGGCCACAGUGGCCGUGGUGGCUCUGAGUGUGAUGGGCCACACGGGGGGCCUGGGCUGCCCCUUCGACCGCCUGGUGGUGGUGUACACCUUCCUGGCUGUGCUCCUGUACCUCAGCGCCGCUGUGAUCUGGCCGGUCUUCUGUUUUGAUCCCAAGUACGGGGAGCCCAGGAAGCCCCCCGAUUGCCCCCGCGGCAGCUGCCCCUGGGACAGCCAGCUGGUGGUAGCCAUCUUCACCUACGUCAAUCUGCUCCUCUACAUCGUCGACCUUGCCUACUCCCAGAGGAUCCGCUUCGUGCCCACCCUGUAG